AUGCCACCGAAAACGAAAACACGUGAAUCAAUUAAUGAAAAAGAAAAUGCUUCAACGACCGAAGCACCAGCCGCAGUUACUGCUGCACUUCAAGCAAACGACAGUGUAUCGAUCGACUCUGAAGUUGGCGGACCAACGCCCAUAGGCAAACUGGACAAAUCAUGUGGUAUCGGUACUGCAGAUAUUAAGAAACUACAAGAGGCAGGAUUUUGUACAGUGGAAUCGAUCGCUUUCGCACCACGGAAAAGUCUUUUAGCUGUCAAAGGUAUCAGUGAUGCAAAAGCCGAUAAGUUAGCGGCUGAAGCAGCGAAACUUGUUCCAAUGGGUUUCACUACUGCAACUGAGUAUCAUCAAAAGCGUUCCGAAAUCAUUCAAUUAACAACUGGCUCCAAAGAACUUGAUAAACAACUGCAAGGUGGUUUUGAAACAGGUUCGAUUACUGAACUUUACGGCGAAUAUCGUUGUGGUAAAUCUCAAUUAUGUCAUCAAGUUGCCGUUACUUGUCAAUUACCGAUCGAUAUGGGUGGUGGAGAAGGAAAAGCAAUCUAUAUUGAUACUGAAGGUUCAUUUCGUCCAGAACGCUUACUAGCUAUUGCCGAACGUUACGGCCUUUCCGGUCAAGACGUACUAGACAAUAUAGCGUAUGCGCGUGCCUAUAAUACUGACCAUCAAAUUCAAUUACUAUACAUGGCAACAGCAAUGAUGUGUGAAUCAAGAUAUGCAGUACUGAUUGUCGAUAGUGCCACAUCACUCUUUCGAACAGAUUAUUCUGGUCGUGGAGAACUAGCAGCAAGACAAAUGCAACUAGCAAAAUUCAUGCGCAUGCUAUUACGUAUUACCGAUGAGUUCGGUGUUGCUGUCAUACUAACAAAUCAAGUUGUCGCUCAAGUUGACGGUCAAGCUAUGUAUGGCGAUCAAAAGAAACCAAUUGGUGGAAACGUAAUGGCACACGCCUCCACAACACGACUUUAUUUAAAGAAAGGCAAAGGUGAUUCACGUAUCUGUCAUGUAGCUGACAGUCCAUGUCUACCUGAAACAGAUGCAAUAUUCGCCAUUGGCCCCGAAGGAAUUGUGGAUGCAGCACCUAAAGAUCUUUGCUAA